UGUGUCAUCGUGUUUGAGAAAACUUAAAAACUUGCUUAUUUUUUGUUUUAUUCUCCCGGUUUACUCGAUUUACAUAUAACGGAAUACGAUCUUCUUAGAAAGCUUCUCUUCCUAGAAGAGUGCAAAUCGAACGGGGCUCGGGUCAUCUACCGUUAUCUACUUUUAGUUUCAUAACUCAUCGGAGAGGCUAGUUAUAAACUUAAUAUUCUAAACAGCUGGAGUAUAAACUUUCAACGAGAUCGUCAAUGAUACCUUUGAAAUAUUCCUUCGUUUUUUCUACAAGUCGUUUGCUGCUAUCUGCUUAUUUCCUGCGACAGCCAGUAGCUAGUAUUUUCCUUAUGGGAGAGAUGUCAAGUAAAAUGACCAUGCCACAACCCGACGAGGCUAUGAAGGGCCGAAGUACAAAGAUGGUCGUAUCUCCCAGCCAUGCUGUAAACAAAAAUCCUACAGUGCCUCCAUUUCCUGCUGAGAUGCAGUUUGCUAUGUUUGGAAUGGGCUGUUUUUGGGGUGCAGAGAGAAAGUUUUGGAAACAUCCUGGUGUAUUCUCAACACAGGUUGGGUAUGCUGCUGGCUUUACCCCUAAUCCAACCUACCAGGAAGUCUGCUCAGGAGCCACAGGACAUAAUGAGGUCGUCAGAGUUGUGUUUGAUCCGAAGAAAACACCUUAUUCAGAAAUUUUGAAAGUGUUUUGGGAGAGUCACAACCCUACACAAGGGAUGCAGCAAGGAAAUGAUCGGGGAACACAGUAUCGUUCUGGGGUAUAUUACUAUAACAGUGAACAGCGAGACGAGGCUGUCGCCAGCAAAGAAGCAUAUGAAGAAAAAAUCAUGAAAAAUGGGUAUGGAAAAAUAACAACAGAAAUGUUACCAGUGCCUGAAUUUUAUUAUGCAGAGGACUACCAUCAGCAAUAUUUACAUAAAAAUCCUGGAGGAUACUGCGGACUAGGUGGAACUGGAGUCUCAUGUCCGAUUGGAAUUGGAAAUUCCAAAGCAAAAUCGGAAUUAUGAUGACUUUUUAUGGCCAGAUACGACUUACUCGAGGACAUACUGUUUUACGUCUAUUCCAUCCGUCUUUCUGUCAGUCCACUGCAACAUUAUACAUAACAUUAUACAUGUUUUUUUAAAACUUCCUUUGAAAGAAAAAAAGUGCCACAAUGAUAAUUUCUUGCACUUAUUUCACUUUUCAGACCUUAAAUGACGUCAGGAGUUGAUAUUUCAAAAUUUGAUGAUGACAUUUGAGUCUUGUAAUAUAGAUUAUCAGCAUUUUUUUUCAAGGCAUCUUGGUAAGCUAUUGCAGUGCUGCAAUGCUGAUUUCAUGCAUACUGACCUUGUGGUGUCGUAUUGUGUUUAGGAAUUUAAAAUUCCAAAAAUAAUUGUUACUUUGAAAAAAUACUUAAUUAAUAAACUGCUAUUUUCAAAUGAUAAAAAUCGUAGUUUUAAGUGAAAUUUUCAUGAAUCCUUGCAAAUAUCUUUCAGGGACUAAUAUCAUCUUAUUAAAUUCAAACUUGUUCAGUAGCUUAUCUGGUUCAGAAAAACAUGGUAAGUCUAAUAUGUUCAAAUAGUUAUCUCCCUUGGACAUAAGACAUAACUCAAUGAGGCAAUACAACAAGUAAAUAGAUGCUGUUAUUGCAAUUUUUUUCAGAGACAUGUUAAAAUAUGCAAGUUACUAGCAUAUUUAAGAGGUGAUUUUAAAGAAAUUAUUAUUUUGGUAGUGCCAUCUUAUGACAAGAAAUAUAAAGACAUAUUGUUGUUCUAGAAUGUAAAACAAGAUGAUGGUGUUUUUUUAUCCCCACCUUGGACCAGAUAUUUUUCUAGUCUAUCAAUUUGUGUCUCAGGCUUGAAAAUCCGUAUUUUCAUGUAAGUCGUUUGCAUAUGAUAAACAGGUCUUAUUCAAUCCUAGCCAGUCUCCCACAUGUUUUUAUGGUUGCAUUCAUUUGGUUCAACAAGCUUGUCCUCAAGAUGGUCAUGAUGUAAAAACAUUCUAUCUUUUAAAUAUUCAAAAAAAAAAAUAUACAAAUUUUUAUACAGAGUAGUCAAAACUAGAGCAUUACAAUUGUAUUUAAAAUGUGCAUUGGUAAUACCCAAUAUUCUAAUUUGAUUUCACAAUAUAUCAUUUCAAAAGUAUAUAAACUAUAAAUUAUUAUCAUGUACAUGUAAUUAUAAUAGAAUAAGCAGAGUCUAGAUUUUCUUGACAAUUGCUGUCAGAUAUGAGAAGGAAAAUGUAAGUGAUAAAAUAUAAUUCCGAUAUAAACGAAUUACAAUGCUGUGUAUCAAGUUACAUGUAAUUUCCAGUCAUAAGUUAUUGUUUAUAUUUAGUGUCUAUCGUUUUAUCCAUUCAUUUUUACUUUGUGUGUGAUGGUGAGUGUAUUCACCAGAUCAGAUGUGUCUCGUUAUGUUUAUUUACAUGUUGUAUUGUUCUGUAUUCUGUUUAUUUCAUUAAAAAUCUAUUGUUAUGGUA